AUGGAGAGUAGGAUAUGAAAAAUUGGCUGUAGAAAUAAAUGACUUAAAACAAAGAAACCCAGCUUUUUUAGUUCAGAAAAUGAGGCUGCAAUUCAAAAUUUAGAUCUUUUUCAAGAAGAAAACAUUUUUAUUGUGUUUGUCUACUCAGCCAUAAAUUAUCAAUGGCUUGCUAUUGAUCCGAAUAUAUUAUCUCCUCUAAAAUGCUGGACCUUUACUUUUAACUCUUUUAAAUACGUGCUGAUUUCAUUUUUUUAUUAUUUGGAAUCGUAA